CCUUUCCCCUGGUUGGCUAACUCAGAGCUACAGAAGUUAAAUUAGGCUUUUGAUCUUGACCACAAUAAUUUGGGCCAGCCCCCCUUUGCUUACAAAUAGACCAUGGAGUUCUGGUAACAUCUUAGGAGGGCUUUAAAAAAAGGAACAGCUGGCACAAGGGGUCAGCACAACUGACCAGACAAAGUACAAGUGGGAGGGGAGUAAAUCAUUAGCUCGAGAUAGGCCUUGAACCAGAUCACUGCAGCAGAUGUAGACUUAGCAAUUCCCUCUUGCUCCAAAGCGAACUUUGCUCCUGUAAUAUCUGGCAGCUGAUGCAACGAUAAGAGAAUGAAGUCUAUAAAAAUGUAGCUGACAGUCUGGGAAGUCCUGACUGGAGCUCUUUGUGCCUGCUCUGCCCACGGCUGCUCCAAGUGACAGCUCCUGCUGGGAAGAUGCACUGGUGGAAAGUGAUGGCAGCCCUUCUGCUCUGCUCGCUGCUGCUCAGCCAGAGCCACGGCGUGUCCCUGUCCCCGAGGCAGCCCCAGCCCCAGCCCCGCAGCGCCCGGCAGCGGCGGAUGACGCCCUUCUGGAGAGGAGUGUCCCUGAGACCCAUCGGGGCCUCGUGCAGGGACAACAGCGAGUGCCUCACCAUGCUCUGCAGGAAAAACCGCUGCCUCCUCUCCACGGCCUCAGCGUGAGCUGGCACCAAGCACAGCCUGCACUGUUACUGCUGACCAUGCUCCAUGCACUUGGGAUGUAUUUAUUGACUGCUCAGGAGCUGCAAGAGCCUCAAGCAAGCAGAGUAUUUGAUAUUUCUGUCACAUGUGCUGAUGAAAGGACUUUAAGAAGCUUGAGAGCAUCUCCAUCCCAACCACGCCUCUGGAGGCCUCUGGUCAAGCUCAAUAAAAGGACUCUGCAUCUCC